ACUUUGUUCUUCGGCGUCUUGGAUGGAACAAACAGUGUUUGGUAUUUCCUGCACUGGGCUGGGCAGACUGGAUUUAGAAAGCACAGAGGCUCAACGCUGAGGCAUAGCCCAUAGACUUUUCCUACUGGAGUAAAGCACCUGUGAUGGGAAAAAAAAUGUUCUCCUAGUCCCAGGGGAAGUUUGAUUCUGCAUACCAAUGUGCUUUUUAAAGGACAACUGACGAUACAGAGGACAAUGCACAGUGUGUAUCCUGGUGACAUUUUGUGUGCUGCAACAUGGUUUUUGUCAUGGCAUCUGAGACUGAAAAGGCCCACGCUCUUCUCCAGACUUUCAGCACAGCGUCAGUUAUUUCCAGUCUAGGUUUGGGGAUAUUCUGCUUCGUAGCAGACAGACUGCUGCAGUUUUCCUUCAUUCAGCAAAAUGACUGGCUCCGAGCCUUAUCUGAUAAUGCGGUGCAUGGUAUACUGGGGAUGUGGUCCUGGGCGAUAGUGAUUGGACUCAGGAAGAAAAGUGACCUCACUGAGGUCACCCUGGCUGGCUUCCUUGCCUCUGUCAUUGAUGUGGACCACUUCUUUCUUGCUGGAUCCCUGUCAUUAAAGGCUGCUCUGACUCUUCCACGGAGACCACUCCUUCAUUGUUCUACUGUGAUUCCUGUGGUGGCUCUGACGUUAAAGUUUAUCAUGCAGCUUUUCAGGCUUAAGGACUCAUGGUGCUUUCUUCCCUGGAUGUUGUUCAUAUCCUGGACUUCUCAUCAUGUCCGUGACGGGAUUCGUCACGGCCUCUGGAUCUGCCCGUUUGGAAAAACUCCUCCCUUGCCGUAUUGGCUGUAUGUGGCAAUUACAGCAUCUUUACCUCAUCUAUGUUCAUUUAUUAUGUAUUUAACGGGCACUAGAGAAUUAAUGUCUAUAAAACAUGGAAUCCGCAUUGAUGUAUAGGAAUAAUGGCCUUUAAAGGUGGUUCGUGCUAGCACUUGAAAUAACCUGCCUGUCUGUCACUGAAGGGUUUCCUGCACCUUCUGAGUUAGGCAUUUUAAGGUUGUGGGGCCAAUUACAGCUCUUGUGUCAAUUCCUUGUGGUCCUAUUUAAUUAAUGAUAAUAAUUUUAUAUCUGUACAUUUCCCUUGCACAGUGUGUGGUCUUCCAUGAUAGUUCAUGCAUAGUGAGCUGAUUAUAAAGUAUUUAAUUCCUUUCUAUAGUAAUUACAUUGCAUUUUUCUGUCACGGUGCCAUUCAUCUGGUCACCAUUCACUUGGGAUUUGUAUUCUGCCUUUGGAGAAUACAUUUCAUCCAGAUAGUAUUUGUAUAGCGCUUUAAAAGUGUGAAGUUCUGUAUAAAUGCUAGGUAUUACUGAGGAUUUAACAGUGCAUGGCACUUAAAAAAAAAAAUCCCUGUUAGCCCUUCAAAUUUAUUUAUAUGUUAGGAGUCCUGCUGGACUCUUGUAUUCAACCAUUUUAAAAGAAAUAUUGCCUGUAUUUCACACUGUAUCCACACUUCUUUGAACCUCUAAUCACAGAGUGUUUUACUAAAUUCUAUAUCCCCCUGAAGUUGCUUGGUACUAAAUUUGCAGAUAAUCACUAGCUUGAUAGAAAGGAGUAGAUAGUUUGGUUAUGGUAUUAUGGUGUAUUAUGAUGUGUUGGCCAAAUUGUUUAAUUUUUUAAAAUACACUAAUUAUGAAUACUAUUUAAUUUGGAACCAAAGAAUUUUAGCAAAUAUUUAGGAAUUGUGUGAAGAUUCAGGGAGACACAAGAAAAUAAAAAUUGCUUAUAACACAAGUUUUCUUUAAGACAUUACUACUCAGUAAAGCAUUUUCCAUUAAGUGCAAUAUCAUCCUCAUAAUUGUAAAAUAAAAUCAUUAAUAUUAUUAUUAUACUACAGAAAUAGAGAUUUCCUCAUAAAGAAGUUCCAUAAGGAAAAGUGUUAUUAUGCUGCAGUUUAUGAGGUAGUAAUUUGCACUAUGGACUAUUCAGUUUUCAUUUACAGACAUCUCUCAGAAAAAGUCCCAAAUUAAAAGUUUCCUGGUCUUGUCUAACUAGACAAGACAGUCUAGACUUGUGUUGUUUAUUAUGUACAAGCUGAGAAUGUCUAAUAGUAAUUUUUAAAUUUUUUAAUCACCUCCCAUUAAAGAGAUGGGGCCUUAACUACUCCAGCUUGUGAUGAAUAGCUGUCAAAGGGGAUCUUUUUAUGGAACUGCAUGUAUAAGGUAGCAUGUGCUUAACUUAGGUUACCAAGGGGUGUAAGGGUUUAUGUGAUGUGUACAUUUACAUAUUAAAUGUAUAUUAGAAUAAAGUUUAAAAAAAUAUUAACUGGGAUGCCUGUCUUAAUGAGUACCAGAAACUUUCUGUGGCUGCAGAAUACUUAAGGCUCUUUGCAGCACUCUAUCAUGCAAAGUGUCGCUCUUCUUUGAAGUAUGUCUUUGCACCUGUCCUGUCUGUUCUUCAUGUUAGAAAUGUAUGCCAAUGCAAACUUGUCUGAUAGUACA